AUCUCGAUGCCACCCCGGUCGGACGGAAUGUAUCGGCAGGGAUGUGAGGUACAUCCAGGAUACAUGUGGCAUCUUUGUUCCCUGUCGUUGCCGGGCCUGCCUGGCCUGCCUGGCCUGCCAGGCCUUCCUUCCUGGCCCGAAAUGCGCGCGACAGAAGGGGAGUGUGACGAGAGAGACAGAGAGCCCAGCGCCGGGAAGCACAGGCAGAGCCCAGCAUGGCCCAGCACCAGCGCCAGAGCCAGCGCAGAUCCAGAGCGCCAUGGCCCGUCCCAAAGAGAAGACCACACACUCGCCCGCCCGCCUUGUUGGACGCACACAGCAAGCACACGGCAGUAGCAACGCACACACACACACACCACCCACCCCCCGUCCGCAAAGGGGGUAGCCUGGCCCGGGGCCCUGGGUAUUAUUAUCAUCUAUCUAUCGGCCAUGCGCCAGGAUCCGCGCCCUCCUCUCCUCCUCUCCUCUCCCAUCAACAACCACAACACGGAAUCAACAAAGCAAUCUUGCCAAAGAGAGUGUCAUUUCCUGUCACAGUGAAAUAGUCGCGUCAGCCUUGCCAGCCUGCCAGCCUGCCAACCCCCUUUUGAUCCCAUCGUUCUUUGUCUGAACCUGGGUCAACUGCCUUAUCACCUGCCACCCCCAAAAGUCGCAUUUGCUCGCUGACUCCAGGCAUCUUCGCCCCAGAAGCAAAUACAACCACCCCCCCACCGAAAAUGGCAUCCAUGGCAUCUGCUGCUCGCGAUAUUCAAGCGACCUCUGGCCGAGACAACUUAACUGCUGUAGCGGCCCAGAGUGUCCCUGUGACACGAUCUCACCCUCUUCCCCUCCCCACCCCUCCGAACUCCAUAUCCCCCGGCCUGCGCCCCCACGGCCUGCGCGCCCAGUUCCUCAAGGCGAAGCUCGAGUCCGACGUCCCCGACCUGGACCUGCAUGCCGCCCAGGGUGACAACAAGAGCCCCCAGUUUGAUACUGCCGCUCACGCCUCCCCUGCCGCCGCCCAGCACGACCCUGUCGGUGCCAUCACGCCCGCCAUGCUCGCCAAGCACCACCUGCCCGACAUCCUGCUGGACCACGGCCCGCUCGCGAUACGCCACAUAACUGGCUACCUGACCACGUCGGUUCCCGGCUUCGCAAGCAUACCACCGGCAAAGGCGCGACGCCUUGUCGUCGGCGCGUUGGAGGGACGAGGGGGUGGACGCGAGGGCGGCGGUCUGGACGGCGAUGUGGAAUUCGAAAAGGUAGGCUGGGGUCGGUGGGACGCUAGGCGCAAGGGCCAAUCUGGGCGCGAUUCUCAUGCCAUGCUGGACGCGGCCUCCUCGUACAUGUCUUCGCCGAGCCUUUCGGGCAUCCCCAUAGCAGGGGUGGCGGCCUGGAGCAACGAGCGAACCCGUCCGGCCGCGUCGAGCCCCGAGGAGUCCUUGGCCUUCUCCCACGACGAUCGCGGUUUCUACACACACGACAACGACGCGGACAACAUGUCCAUGGACGGCCCCGCCUCUGCCUCAUGCUCCGAGGUCGACGAUGAUGACGUCGAGAUGAAGGACGACGACCCCGACGACGUGACCGACGAGGAGGACUGGGCCGCCAUCGGGGCCGCAGGCCUCCGCGCCCAGUCCUACUCCGCGUCUGGCCAGGCCCACGCGGGCACGUUCCCCUCUCGCUUUCACACGACGUCCUCGGGCAUGGCUCGGGUCCCCCAGUUGAACAACAUUGACUUCGCUGCACUUGCGGCGACCUCUGACGCCCAGGAGCGCGAGGCCAUCGAGGCCCUGCUCCGUCUCGGUUCUGUAUAAAGUCUUUUAUUGCAUGGCAGCGGCGUUUCAUUUCGGUUUGGCAUUUUCGAGGCUGGGCGAACUGGUCGGCUUCGUAAUCGGGUUUGGGCGGGCGGGCGGCGGCAUAGGGUGUGUCGAUAUACUCGGAUCGGGGCGGCGACCUCUGGAUUCACCAAUAUUCUUCUGGCGUUUUGUUUUGUACCCACGGCAAGGAAUGCGCACAUCACCGCUUCAUCGGAUAUGAACCCUUUCCUAGGCACGGACGGACAUACCUUUUUACGGUCUCGGCCUGGUAGCCUUCCUCAAGCCACCCGGGACCUAUUAUACCCAUCGGAAAAUGAGGCUUUUUUUUCUUCGACAUAUUGCAGCCUGGAGCCUCCAUCGACGGAGCUCCUCGACAAGGGCUUUACUCUGGAUGCACCCACUGAAGUGGUCGGCAUCCCUCAACGCAAAGCUGGCUGAGCUUCAGAAGCCUCGACCACAAAUGAGCUGAUAGCUAUUGUUUUAUCGCUCUCGAUUUUGCUGUUCUCUGGAAGACUUCAACAAAUCACCAGGAUGGAAUAUCAUCGUGUUGCCAUCACAGCUUUAUCACAAGCUUGACUGGAAUGACGGACUUGAGCGCGGGCUCAAGUCGUUUGCGGCAGGCCUGAGAAGAAGGAUGCCAAUUGAUAGGAGAGGCAUCGUUCUGGGAAGAGAGAAGAGAGGGGAGGGGAGAGGUUGGGAGACGUCAACCGCCUCGGUUGAAUGCGGGUAUUACCAUGCAAGUGGUAAUUGAGAGACUGGGAGAUCAGUAAGAGGGAAAAACAGUAAAAACAAACUUUUUUUUUGGGCGACGAGUGGAUUGGUAGUUUCGGGGAAGUCUACGGAGAUUUUUUUCCAUCUCUCCCUCGCUAGGCUGAAAAUGGAACUCUUGAUCGCUGCCUCCAUGUGACGUCCACAUGCAUGUUCGGGUGUGGAUUCCCUCGUGUCAUGCGGGUCUCUUUUGCCGCCCCUCUGCGCUUCAGAUCUCGCAUGCGAUCGUGCGACGUGCUUGCGUGCGACUACAGCAUACGCAUGCUGCCAGCAGCCUUCAGGGAUCCCUAAACAUCUGAAAUCCCAGAGCCACCUACGAAACGACGCGGGAGUGCGGGACGACAUCUCCACACAUGAAGUAGGUAGUCCCAUUGAUCGGACCCCCGUUACUGUGCAUCCCCAAACAAAUCACACCACUCGUAGGUCAGCCCUAGAUGGAAUAAGUCGAUGGUCAAUAUAAUCGAGCACUGCUGAAUCAACAGCCUCGAGCUUUGGGUAUCUUACCACAACAUUUUCUCUUCUUAGGUCGCCCUCGGGCGCAGAGGCAGAAGACGCCAACGCCAAAGGGGGUCAAGCAAACCGGAGUUUUGCAAGCUCCCUGGCAUGAGCUCAGAAUCAACAAGACCCCAGCUCGUUCGUCGCUGAUACCCAGCGGUUCGGUUACCGACUGCAUGUGGCAGCCCGGCCUCUGUCCACGAGGCAUACUCACCAGCCCACGCACGGCGUCACGACCAUGACAUUGACCACAACGCCUCGUGGGAUAUAUGUAUAUAUGCUGAUUCACGCUCCUGCACAAGAGGGGUGCUGCGACGAAGCUCCUUCCUUGGCCACGGUAAGAUCCGGGGUGGGUAAGAAGACCAAGAGGGCGGAGGGCGGAUUCGACAAGAGAAGAGAAGAGGGUCAAUAGAGGGCUUUCUCUUCACUCGCGUGAGACUUUGUCUUCUGUCGCGCCAGACUUUCCGCCCGGCGCUGAACGCCAAGACCUGUCAGCCCAGGU